AUGCCCAAGCUCAACGGACAAGAAGUUGGCCAGAUCGGCUACGGCCUCAUGGGCCUCACAUGGCGACCCCAACCCUGCUCAGAGGAGCAGGCUUUCGAGGCCAUGCGCACCGCCCUCGCCAACGGCAACAACUUUUGGAACGGCGGGGAAUUCUACGGAACGCCAGAGUACAACAGCAGCACCCUCCUGGAGCGCUACUUCACAAAGUACCCCGAGGACGCCGACAAGGUCGUCCUGAGUAUGAAGGGCGGCCUCAUCCUCCCGCAGCUCAAGCCCGACGGCUCGCCCGAGAACGUCCGCCGCUCUCUCGACAAGAUCCUCUCCCAGCUCGGGGGCAGGAAAAAGGUUGACAUUUUCGAGUGCGCGCGGCGGGACAAGAAUACGCCUCUCGAGGUCACGUUCGGCGUCAUUCAAAAGGAGUACAUUGACACGGGCAAAGUCGGGGGCAUCACCCUCUCCGAGGUCUCGGCGGCCACCAUCCACGAGGCCGUCAAGGUAGCCAAGAUUGUCGGCGUCGAGGUCGAGCUCAGCUUAUUCUCCACCGACCCUCUAACCAACGGCGUCGCCGCCGCGUGCGCGCAGUACGGCAUCCCCAUCAUCGCCUACUCGCCCAUCGGUCGUGGCAUGCUCACGGGCGAGGUCAAGUCGCUCGACGACAUUCCCCAGGGCGACAUGAGGCGGCACAUGCCCCGCUUCCAGCCCGACACGUUCGACAUCAACAUGAAGCUCGUCGAGCAGGUCGAAGCCUUGGCUAAGAAGAAGGGCGUCACGCCCGCACAGCUAGCCAUCGGCUGGGUCGUCGCCCUCUCCAAGAGGCCCGACGUGCCCGAGAUCAUUCCCAUCCCGGGUGCCACGACGGCGGCGAGGGUCACGGAGAAUGCAAAAUUGGUGGAACUCACCGAGGAGGAGAUGGCAGAGAUUGACGCGACGCUGGCCAAGUUCGAGGUCGCAGGUGGCCGCUACCCCGACGGUGCCCCCGUCAACACCUAA